AUGUCUUCAACAAUUCUCAUCAAUGGCCGUUUCGUCGGUGAUGAUGACUCGCAUCAGGAGUGUAUGAUCAUCCAGGGAUCUAAAAUCGCCUACCUCGGAUCCGAAGACGACAAAACAGUGCAAGACGCAAAGUCUCAAGGCGCGGAAGUUUUGAAUCUUAACAACCGCGUCGUUCUUCCUGGAUUCAUCGACAGCCAUGUUCAUCUUUUAUUCUUCGGUCUAUCACAGCAAAAACUCGAUCUUGGUGGAUGUAAAUCCCUAAAAGAGAUUCGACAGAGGAUAACAGACUUUGCUGCUGCCAAUCCUGACUUACCCAAGAUUUUGUGCAGAGGAUGGCUUCAAUCUGCGACGGAUGGAGUUGCUCUUGCGAGUAUGAUUGAUGAUAUCGACCCACGACCUAUUUUCAUCGAUUCAAAUGAUCUUCAUUCCGCAUGGUGCAACACCGCUGCGUUGAAAGAACUUCCAAUUGAUGAAAUCAAGGCGAAGUGCCCUGAACAUCUCACAUGUGAUGAAAACGGCAAUCCAACUGGUCUUUUGGCAGAAUGGGCCGUCACAGCAUUUAUCUGGCCCUUUCUGAUUCAAUCACUCUCAAUGGACGAUAAGCUUGAGGCUUUGGAACGAGCUGUUCAAGCGUACUCUGCAGAGGGCUACACUGGCGUUAUUGAUAUGGCGAUGGAUGCAGUAGCUUGGGAAGCGUUGCAGACAUUGCGAGAGAGGAAGGGGAUUAAUCUUCACAUCGCAGCUCAUUGGUUCGUCCCGUACGAAGCAGAUGAGAGAGUACUCGACGAGAAGAUCCAGGAAGCUAUCGACAUGCACAGCAAGUUCCAUCCCUCAAAAUCACCGGAAUUUUGUAUCGUCGGCGUCAAACUCAUGUGCGAUGGUGUUGUCGAUGGCUGCACAGCUGCAUUGUCAUAUCCAUAUGGUGAAUCAACUGAUCUCAUCCAACCCCUAUGGCCCGGCGAGGCAAUGAACAGAGUUCUCUCACAAAUCACAAAAGCUGGAAUGCAAUGUGCCAUCCAUGCCAUCGGCGACGUAGCAGUCUCCCAAGCCAUCUCCGCCAUCGCAAGCACCAACAAUCCCACCGCCCGCCACCGCAUCGAACAUCUCGAGAUGGCCACCCCCGAAGACGCCCUCCGCCUCGGCAGUCUCGGAAUCACCGCCUCCGUGCAACCCGUGCACAGCGAUCCCGCCAUUCUUGAAGGCUACGAAAAGCUCGUGAAACCCUCCGCAUGGAAACACUGCUUCCCCUACAAAGAAUGUCUGGACGGACACGCCAAUGUCGCAAUCGGCACAGACGCCCCUACGGCGCGACACCUGCCGUUUCCGAAUUUAUAUAAUGCUACGACGAGAAAGUCAGCGCUGGAGCCGGAGAGGGAGACUGUUACGAAUGGGGAUAGUGCGCUUACGUUGGAGCAGGCUAUUAGGGGGGCGACGUAUGGGGCUGCGUAUUCGAGAUUUGCGGAGGGGUGGACGGGGAAGUUGGAGAAGGGGUUGAGGGCGGAUUUUAUGGUGUUGCCGGGGGUUGUUAGUGUAGAUGGGUUGUUGGAGAUGAAGGUUGAUGAGACGUGGUUUGGAGGGGAGAGGGUUUAUAAGAAGUAG